GGCUGCACAGCCCCAGCUCUCUCAGCUCACAGUGGAAGUGUUCCAUCCCUUGGAUCAUAUUUGUGGCUCCCCUCUGGAUGUGCUCCAACAGCUCUGUGUCUCUCCUGUACUGAGGACUCCACAUCUGGAUGUAGUGCUCUAACUGAGGUCUUACCAACAUGGAGUAGAGGGGCAGGAUCACCUCCCACAACUUGUUGGCCAUGCUGCUUUAGAUACAGCUCAAGAUACAGCCAGCUUUCUGGGCUGCAAGGGUACCUUGCUGGCUCACAGCCAGCUUGCCAUCCUCCAGUACCCCAAGGCCUUUUCAGCAGGGCUCUGCUAAAUAAUUUUGUAUUCCAACUUGCCAUUUGCAGGGAAGUAUUAAAUAACAUACCAAUAAAAGGUACCUUGAUAUCCACACUUGUGAUAAUAGGUUUGGUUUACUGGAGUACCUUUAACCAUGUACUGUAGCAGAAAGCUCCAGGAGACAGGCUCUUGGCUAACACUCUUUCCACAGGAGAACUUCAUGCCUUCAGGGAAGUAAGAAAAUGUGCCUUGUUGUAGAUAAAUAGGCACAAAGCAGUGUCCCUUAAGGGUAAGAAGGGCAAGAGAGGGUAAGAAAAGCCAGGGCAUGAUAGCUGGUAAAAAACAAUCUGUGGGAUUUGGUAAAUCCUUUUUUCACUAAAAGGAUGAUUUCUGUGGGGGAAGUGAUGGUGAUUUUCACUUUGUGCUUGACAGUUGCCUGUAAAUGGCCUGAAGUGCUUAGAAAAGAGACAUUUUUGCUGUCUAUAAAUCUGUCAUUUUAGCUAAAAGAUGUGAAAGAAAACUGCUGUGCAAAAUAGGAGUCUUCUGGAAAGUCAAAGGUCAGCUCUUUUGCCGCCCUAACUUGGCAGAACUCUGUUAAAGUUGAUAAAGCCAUGCGGACUAAAGGCAGACAAGGAGCUGGUCCAAAUUUUCUUUUAAACUUUCUAUUAGAAAAGACUAAGACUGAAGGCUGUGAAAACUUUUCAUCACCUGCCCUCCCUUCCUCCCCAUUGUAUCAAAGAAUAGCAGGACUGAGUUAGGUGAGAGUUGUGCCUUUGCAAAGUUUUGCUAUGAGCAUAACAGCUAGCAUGUAUUGUUUUCUAGAGACCUUAAACAAACAAGAGUUGGGAUUAUUCACUGUAUAUAUCUAUAUUUUGUUGCCACAUGAAGCUACAUUUGUAGGGGGCUGAAGGACUUGCCUGUUGUCAUCUGGUAAAGAAAAUAAAACGAUUGAAAAUCACACAUCUGGUUAGUGAGAGAGCCAGGAACAGAACAUGGGUUUUGUGAUCAUCAGUUCAGCAGAUUGCUCCCUAAAGAGAGGGAGGGCAGGGUCUACGUGUCCAUCUAUGCUCAUCUGACAAGAUGGUGUUUCAGAAACCACCCGAUGGGGGCUGGGGCUGGGUGAUUGUUAUCGUUUCCUUCUUUACUCAGUUCUUGUGUUACGGAUCACCGCUGGCGGUGGGAGUCUUGUAUUUGGAAUGGUUGGAUGCUUUUGGAGAAGGCAAAGGCAAGACUGCUUGGGUUGGAUCACUAGCAAAUGGAAUCGGAUUGCUUGCCAGUCCUGUGUGCAGCAUAUGUGUAUCAUCCUUUGGAGCAAGACCAGUAGCAAUCUUCAGUGGCUUUAUGGUGGCUGGUGGCCUCAUGAUGAGCAGUUUUGCACCAAACAUAUACUUUCUCUAUCUUUCAUAUGGGAUUGUUGUUGGACUCGGAUGUGGCCUUCUGUAUACUGCAACAGUCACCAUCACUUGCCAGUAUUUUGACAAACGCAGAGGCCUUGCACUUGGUCUGAUUUCAACAGGCUCAAGUGUUGGACUCUUUAUAUAUGCAGCGUUACAAAGAGAGCUUAUUGAGCUGUACGGACUGGAUGGUUGCCUGCUAAUAGUUGGUGCACUCUCUCUAAAUAUAUUAGCAUGUGGCAGCUUAAUGAGACCAUUGGAGUCAUCUGAUUCCCCUUCAACAGAAAAAGCACGUAUAGACAAAGUCCCAGAUCAAUACUUUGUUUACCAUGAAAAAGAAAAAACUGUUGAAGAAAAUAUAAGCAUCCUUGAAAAGGGCUACACUGAUGAGAAAUGCACAAACAAUGUGCCUGACUACAAACAAGAUAAUAUUUUAAAUAAGAAUGUAUUAAGCUCAAUAAAUGUAAAUGAGAAAGACACUUAUAAAAAGAAAGUUGUGGAACAGACAAACUUCUGCAAGCAACUAGCUAAAAGAAAAUGGCAGCUCUAUUUGAACUACUGGGAGGAAACUGUGGUUCUUUUUAAGAACAGAGUAUUUUCAGCUCUCUUUUUUGCCAUUUUGCUCUUUGAUAUUGGUGGAUUUCCUCCUUCUCUGCUCAUGGAAGAUAUAGCAAGAAGUGCAAACAUCAAUGAAGAAGACUAUCAUAUGCCCCUUGUUUCCAUUAUAGGCAUUAUGACUGCUAUUGGCAAACUUAUUUUAGGAAUACUGGCAGAUUUUAAGUGGGUUAACACAUUGUAUCUAUAUGUACUUACAUUACUAAUGAUGGGAGCAGCCUUGCUUGCAAUUCCAUUUGCCAGAAGUUACUUCACAUUAGCAGUGCUUUCUGGGAUUCUGGGUUUUCUGACUGGGAAUUGGUCAAUUUUUCCAUAUGUAACAACAAAGACUGUGGGAAUUGAGAAACUGACUCAUGCUUAUGGGAUACUGAUGUUCUUUGCUGGACUUGGAAACAGCCUUGGACCACCAAUUGUAGGUUGGUUUUAUGACUGGACGCAGGAGUAUGACACUGCAUUCUAUUUCAGUGGCUUUUGUGUUUUACUGGGAGGAUUUCUUCUGCUGUUGGCAGCGUUACCCUGCUGGAAUGCCUGUACCAGUCAGAGCUCAAAGCUGCCUCCAAAUACUUACUCCUACAAAGUUGCAUCUAGUGCUUAGGUGACAACUGGGAAACACUACUUUAUGCCUUUUUUAUAUAUUAUAUAGCAAAGGACUUUAGUAAUUUUUCACUUAUUUAUGAAGUCCAAAAAUCCUUAUCUACUAGAAAAAUUAUGUUCCUGUUUAUAUUCAGCUUUUUUUUCUUUUUUUUUAUCCUUUUCCCAUCCCCUUUUUUUAAGAACAAUAUUAUCUUAUAAAAUCUUAUUUUGUCUACUGUGCACUGUGUUUUCUGCCUUUGUCUACUGCAAUUUCCUCUCAGCCUGUAAUGGAUAUAUUGUGCUGUAUUAUUGGCUGUACUGUUUUUGUUGUUGUUGUUUUUUAAGGGAUAGGGAGUGUGGAGGGUUGAAGACAUCGAAGCAAAAAUGAAGGCCUAUUUCUUAUUGGAGAAGACUGGCAUUUCUGUCACCUUUUGUAGGUCUCCAAGAUGCACAAUCAGACUUUAUGAAACAAACAUUUGCCUUAUGAGAAUAUAAUGCUAUGGCAAGGUGCUCGUAACAUAAUGUUUAGAUUAACCUUCUGACUUCUUAAAGUUUCUCCAAUUUACAAUUAAGUGCCAAUGAGGGAGGAAGAACAAAACCAUCCUUCUGUUGCAUUAAUGAACUUCAUGAUGAAAGUAAAGAUUCUUACUACCACUGCGACUGAGGACUAUGUUUAUAAUUAUUGCACUUUUGGUGAAGUUUGUUUAUGAUACUGUUGAACCAAAAUCUUUCAAACCAAGGAAUAAACAUGAUUUUUGAAACCA